AGACACCACACAAGCAAGAAAAGGUCCUGCAGCUCUGCCUAAGGUUCCCAGACCAAGAUGUGAAGCUUCCAAAAAGUGUAAAUACACUGUGAGACUAGAAUCCUGAUGCACCUGAAACCCCCAGCUCAGUGUAGGAGUCAGGAAAGAAUGUCCCUCUGCAGACCCACAUAGGUCUUCCUUCUGCCAGGACAGCAAGGAUGCCACCUAAAACCAAAGGAAAGGGAAGAAAAACUGGGGCACAGAAGAAGAAGAAUUUGAGUCCUGGUGCGGAGGCUGAGGCCAAGCACAGGCUGGUGCUGCUUGAGAAGGAGCUGCUUCAGGACCACCUGGCUCUACAGAGGGAGGAGGCUCGCCGAGCCAAGGCUUCUGAAGACAGGCUUAAGCAGAGGUUACAGGGCCUGGAAGCGGAACUGGAAAAAGCCCAGAGUGAAGGAAAGGCUGUAUAUGCAGAGCUGAGCCGCCAGCAUCGAGCCCUGCGAGAGGAGCUGGGGACCCGAAGCAAGCAGCUGGAAGAGGAAGUGAGAGGUCUACGGCAGCAGCUGGAAACGUGCCAAAGGGAAGCUAAGACAGCAAAGGAGGAGGCUGAGCAAGCCCUCAGAGAACAAGAUGGAACCCUGGCUCAGCUUCGUGCCCAUGUGGCAGACAUGGAGGCCAAAUAUGAGGAAGUCUUGCAUGACACCCUGGACUGUCUCUUGGCCAAGCUGAGAGUGGUCAAGCCUCAGUGGGAUGCUGCUGUGCUGAAACUCCAUGCCAGGCACAAGGAGCAGCUGCGUCACUUUGGUCUCAACCCCCUGGAUCUUUGA